UCCACCCCGUCCGCCCAUUCCCCGCGCCGCUCGGCGCAGCGGCGGACCGGCCCAGAGCCGGCAUGGGGCCCCGCGGAGCCGGGCGGGCGGCCGGCUGCCUGCUGCUGUGCUGCGCGCUGGCCGCGUCCCGCGUCGCCCCGCGGAGGAGGAGGCCGUCGUUCGGCGGGCAGGUGGCGGAGAACCGGCCGGCGGGCACGCGCGUGCAUGGGCUGAGCAUCCCGCUGACCCGGCUGGGACACCAGACCUGGUGCGCCGAGGUGCGGGGCCGCCGCUGGCGCCUGCAGCUGCUGGGCGAGGGCCACGCGCACUUCCAGGCGGCGCUGCACGCCCGCUCGGGCCGCGUCUGGCUGCGCACCCGCCGCCCGCUGGACCGCGAGGCGCGGCCGCUCUACACGCUCCGCCUGGGCUUGUGCUGCCGGCGCUGCGCGCCGCGCGGAGCCGCCCCCGCCGAGCUGGCCGCGCUCACCGUCCGCGUGCUGGACGACAACGACAACGCGCCGCGCUUCGUGGGGGGGCCGCCCCGCGGCGUCACGCGGCUCCGCGUGGAGGAGACGCUGGCGCUGCGCUCCGCCGUGUGGCACGCGCGCGCCGAGGACGCGGACGCGGGGCCCAACGCGGAGCUGCGCUACUUCGCCCGCCCGAGCAGCGAGCACUUCUUCGUGGUGCCGCGCAGCGGGCGCGUGGUGUUGGUGCGUUCCCUGCUGCACCUGCGCGCGCCCAUCCCGCUGCGCCUCUACGCGCGGGACCGCGGGCGGCCGCCGCGCCUCAGCGCGCCCCUGGAGCUGGAGGUGCUGCCGCAGCCCCGCCGUCUGCCGCCGCCCCGCGUCCGUCGCCGCCGCCGAGCCCCGCCGCCGCCGCCGCCCCCCGUCGCUCCCCUGGCGCUGGCGGUGCCCGAGGACGCCCGGCCCGGCACCCUCCUGGCCGCGCUGCCGCCCGCGCCCUUCGCCGCCGCGUGGUUCGAGCUCGUGUCCCCGCCCGCCGAGCGGUCGCCGCUGCGCGUGGAGCGGGACGACGGCGCGGUGACGGUCGCUGUACCCCUGGACCGGGAGGCGGCGGCCGCGUGGGACAUCCUCGUCCGCGUCCGGCAGCGCGCAGGGAAAGAUUGGUAUUUGUUGCACUUAACACUUACUGUGAUGGAUGUGAAUGACAACAUACCUGAAUGGGCCAUGGAGCCCUUCCCGUUCCUGGCCGUGGUUUCUCCCCAAGCUACAGAAGGAACUGAAGUAUAUAAGCUGCUGGCUGUGGAUGCGGAUGAAGGGAUCAAUGGAACUGUAGAAUAUUUUCUCCUGGAAGGUGGAGAAGGCAGAUUUGAGGUUGAGAGGGACACAGGCUGGAUUAAAACAACAGGCUUGCCGUUGGUGAGGAACAAGGAGUAUUUACUGACGGUGCUAGCAGCAGAUAAACUUGGAAGCAAAGGGUCUCCAGCCUCUGUUUCUGUAAUUGCUGGCUUUCGACCACCACAGUUCACCAACACAUCAUACUUGGUUUAUGUUCCUGAAAAUAUAGCAGAAGGAAAAUCCUUUCUUAGGGUCACUGCUGUAUCAUAUCAAAACAAAUCCCUGAGUUAUGCCUUGCUAGCCAAUCCAAGUGGUCUGUUCAGCAUUGAUCAAGCAACAGGGGAUAUCAGCUUAACGCGGAGUGUGGAUUAUGAGAGUGACCAACACCAGUACCUUCUUUUGGUCAGAGCAGAGGAAAAUGAACAAUUCAGUAGUGCAACUGAGGUUUUGGUUGUAAUCACUGAUGUGAAUGAUUGUGCUCCAGAAUUCCAUCAGUCCAUUUACAGCAAAGUCAGUGUUCCUGAAACAGUUACUAUGACUACUGCACUUCUACAAGUGACAGCCACUGACUGUGAUUCAAAAGAAAAUGCCGAAAUAUCGUAUUACACUUUGAGUCCAGACUUCAGUAUUACUUCUCAUGGUACUAUAUUCCCAGCAAGAGAAUUGGACUAUGAACGACCUAACCAUCUUUAUGAGUUCAUUAUUAUGGCUGUGGAUAAAGGGGAAGAUCCAAAGACUGGGACAGCAACCGUUAGGAUCCAUAUUUCAAAUGUAAAUGAUGAAGCUCCUGAGUUUUCCCAAGCAAUCUACAGGAGCUUUGUUUCUGAAGAUGCAGGCCCAAAUACAUUGGUAGCUACAGUCAGUGCUCUUGACCCUGAUGGAGAUGGCGUGACCUAUGAUAUUCCCUCUGGGAAUCAAAAAGGAAACUUUGUUGUUGACCCUAAGAAAGGGCUAAUUAGACUUCGUUCAAGCCCAUUUCCAAAGCUGCAGGGGACAGAAUAUGUACUUAAUGUCACAGCUACUGAUGAUAACGCCUCGGGAGGGCCCCAUUCUCUUACAAGCACUGCCCAGGUUAUCGUGAAAAUUGAUGAUGUCAACAACAACAAACCAGUCUUUCAGAAGUGUCAUUAUUAUAGGGAACAUGCUUCUGUGUUGGAAAACCAGCCCUCAGGGACGGUUGUACUGCAAGUUGAAGCCACUGAUGCUGAUGAAGGAGCCAACGGUAUAGUGAAAUAUGGCUUGAUGCACAGAGAUGGUGUCCUACCAGCAUUUAGUAUUCACCCUGACACAGGAGUUCUGACAACUGUUCAGGUAUUUGAUCGUGAAAAACAGAGGGAAUAUCCUGUCACUGUGACAGCAACAGACCAGGCAGCAGAACCACUCAUUGGAAUAUGUCAGAUAAAUGUUGUCAUUCUGGACCAAAAUGACAAUGAUCCCAGAUUUGAAAACACCCACUAUGAAUAUUUCCUAAGAGAGGACACAAGAGUUGGGACCAGCUUUCUCCGCGUUACAGCCCAUGACGAUGAUUACAGCUCAAAUGCUGUCAUCACAUACUCCAUAGCAAAUGAGGAAACAGAUUAUUUACAAAUUAAUCCCACUAGUGGCUGGAUAUUUGUUAACCAACCCAUAUCUCAGAGGUCAUCUAUAAUUGGAGAUAUUAUUGCUACAGAUGGAGGUAAUAGGAGCAGUAAAGUUGAACUUGUGGUAACUGUUACUAGUGCAAAAAACCAGCCUCCACAGUGGGAAAGAGACAGCUAUGAAGUUGUCAUUCCAGAGAAUACUACACGAGAUGCAUCAGUUCUGAGAAUCAAAGCCACUUCUCCCCUUGGUGAUCCUCGUGUGACUUACAGCCUAGAAGAGGGUCUUGUUCCAGAAACCAACAUGCCAGUUCGUUUCUACUUGACUCCAAACAGAUAUGAUGGCUCUGCUUCAAUCCUGGUAGCUGAGCUGCUGGAUUAUGAAACAACAAAGAACUUUCUGCUGAGAGUUCGAGCACAGAAUGUUGCUGCAGUUCCUCUGGCAGCAUUCACUACGAUCUAUAUUAACAUAACAGAUGUCAAUGACAAUGUCCCAUUCUUCACCUCAUCUAUUUAUGAAGCCUCAGUAACAGAGGGAGCUGGUAUUGGGACAUUUGUCAUUCAGGUCUCUGCCACCGACCUUGACCUUGGUCAGAAUGGUGAGAUAACUUACUCUCUGUUACAUGACCAUGGUGGAGAUUAUACAUGUUUUCGCUUGGACUCACAGACAGGCUCAAUAUACACUACCUCAGUGUUUGACAGAGAGAAGAAGGGAUCCUAUCUAUUAGAAGUUGAGUCAGUUGAUGGCUCUGAAUCAGCUCGACCUGGAAAACAUGGGAGGCCAAAUUCUGACACAGCCUAUGUGCGUGUUUUUAUCACUGAUGUGAAUGAUAACAAGCCUGUCUUCACUCAAAGUGUCUAUGAAGUAAAUGUGGUUGAAGAUCAGGAUGUGGGCUCGACUAUCAUUACAGUCAGUGCUAAUGAUGAAGAUGAAGGAACAAAUGCGAAGUUACGUUAUCAGAUCACUGCUGGAAACACAGGAGGGGUGCUUGGUGUACAACCAGAAACGGGAGCUAUUUUUAUUGCUCAGCCACUGGAUUAUGAAGAAACAAAAAUGUAUGAGAUCCACUUGUUGGCUUCUGAUGGGAAAUGGGAAGAUUAUGCAGUUACCAUCAUCAAUGUCAUGAAUAAAAAUGAUGAGUCUCCAGUUUUCUCUAUCAAUGAGUACUAUGGAAGUAUAAUUGAAGAACUGGAUGGGUUACCAGUCUUUGUGCUUCAGGUUAUGGCAAAUGAUCCUGAUAAUAAUGUGGAAGAAGGAGAUUUGAGUUACUCGUUGCAUGGGCAUGGUGCUGCUGAUAUUUUCACAAUAGAUGAGAACACGGGAAGCAUUUAUGCACACAAGAUGCUGGAUCGGGAAGAAAGAGCACUUUGGAGAUUUGUUGUAUUGGCUACGGAUGAAGGUGGAGAAGGACUUACGGGAUUUGCUGAUGUAAUUAUUAAUGUGUGGGAUAUAAAUGACAAUGCGCCCGUGUUCACAUGCAUGCCUGAUGAUUGCAAUGGGAGUGUCUUUGAGAAUUCCCCUGCAGAUACUUUAGUCAUGGAGAUGAGCGCAGUUGAUCGCGAUGAUCCAAAUGUAGGUCUUAAUGCUGUUCUGACUUACAGGAUAACAGAGAACGUAAAAAAUGAGUUUGGUAGUGACAUGUUUAAUAUCAAUCCCAAUACUGGUACUAUCCACGUGGCAGGGGGAGUUAUAGACAGAGAAAGGACUGCGAUUCUCUUUCUUACCGUUGAAGCAAGAGAUGGGGGAGGGCUAACAGGAACUGGCACUGCCACCAUCUGGAUUGCAGAUGUCAAUGAUCACGUACCUAAUUUCACGAAAGAGAUGUGGCAGGCAGCAAUUCCUGAAAACAGUGCCAUCAACUCAGAAAUUCUGAGAGUGUCUGCUACGGAUGCAGACGGUGGGGAAAACGCUCACUUAACAUUCAGUAUCAUCAGAGGAGACCCAGAUCAGAAGUUCUAUAUUGAGAAUGACAAAGAAUGGCAACGUGCCACUAUCCGACUGAAAAAACAACUGGAUUUUGAGAAAGCACAUGAAAGACAGUUUAAUCUUACUAUUAAAGUGGAAGAUCUUGAUUUUUCUAGUACUGCUGUGUGCCUCAUUGAAGUUGAAGACUCUAAUGACCACAGUCCAGUUUUCCAUUCUCAGCUUAUUCAGACAAGCCCUAUUUUUGAAAACAUGCCUGUAGGUACUACAGUAACCACAGUGAGAGCUACGGACAAGGAUUCUGGUUUGAAUGGGAACAUUAUAUAUUCUAUAAAGUCAGAUUCGGAUCCUAUGAGGCAAUUUGUCAUUGACCAGCAUGGUCACGUGAUCGUGGCGAAUAAACUCGAUCGUGAAGUCAUUCAGAAAUACAGUUUAAUCGUGCAAGCUUCAGAUCAAGGGACACCUGCUGAAACUGGAAGUGCUACAGUUUUAAUUAACUUGCUUGAUGUUAAUGACAACGGACCAAGGUUUGAGGCACCAUACCUGCCAGUAGUUUGGGAAAACAUGUUGAGCCCUGAAAUAGUACAUAUGAACCAUUCAUCAAAACUACUUCAUGCUUAUGAUCCAGACAGUGAGGAAAAUGGACCACCAUUUACAUUCUCAUUGCCACCAGAUUAUCAGAAUUCUUUGGAUUUUUCUCUUACUGACAACAGAGAUGACACUGCAACCAUAACUGCUUUGAGGUCCUUUGACAGAGAAAAGCAGAAGGUGUUUCAUCUGCCAAUAGUUAUAACAGAUAGUGGGAUUCCAGUUAUGAGCUCUACCAACACCUUAACAAUAACAGUUGGUGAUGAAAAUGACAACUGCCAUGAAUUUGGCCAUAAGGAUAUCUAUGUUUACAGUAACAAAGGAAAAUGGUCAACAACAGUGCUUGGGGAAGUGUUUGCACCAGAUCAGGAUGAGUGGGACAAUAAAACAUUUCUCUCUGAAGGAAAACUGUUCAAGUUUUUCAGAUUAAAUCAGAGAACUGGUUCAUUGAUGAUGGUGGAUAACGCUCCUCAAGGAAUAUACAACUUAAAAGUCAGAGUUUCUGAUGGACUUUGUCCUGAUGUUAUAUCUACGGUACAAAUCCAUGUCAAAGAGCUGGAAAAUGAAGCCAUACAGAACUCUGCCACUGUGCGUCUCUCAGAUAUCACUGCAGAGGAGUUUUUACAGAGUGGUGAACGUGGCAAAAGCAGAUACAAUGUGUUCAAGGAAUUACUGGCAAAAAUGCUAUCAGUUAAGUUUAGCGACAUCAUUGUCUUCGGUUUGAUGAACGCUGAUGGAAAACAGGCAGAUGUAAGAUUUGCAGUUCAUGAUGGCUCAGCCUAUUACAGACCUGAGAAACUGCAUGCUGAGAUGGCAGCAUUUAAAAAUGAGAUCCAGUCAGCUUUACAAGUGAGCAUCUCACAGAUUGACGUGGAUGAAUGUAGGAGCGCAAACUGUAGUGAGGGCAGUGGUUGUAUGAACCACCUCGUUGUGAGCAACAUCCCCACAGUGGUGGAUGCAGGGAGCGUGUCCUUGGUCUCUGUGACGACCACCAUCAGCGCUGUCUGCACCUGUGCUGCCAGGAACCGAGUCCAUCAGCCUUGUUCCUCCUAUGCCCGCAGCCCUUGUCUCAAUGGUGGGAUGUGUAUUGACACUUUGAAUGGUUACAGAUGUCUUUGUCCUGCUUCGUUUCAUGGACCAGACUGCCAGCAGACUAAGCACAGUUUCCAUGGAAAUGGUUAUGCAUGGUUUCGUCCCAUCAGGCCUUGUUUUGAAAGCUCACUUUCUCUAGAGUUUAUUACCGCAGUUCCAGAUGGACUUCUAUUAUACAGUGGUCCUUUAUCAAAUCCAGAACCUGGGAAUACAGAAAAUUUCAUUGCAAUAGAACUCUCCGGUGGCAUUCCUGUGCUGAAGAUGAGCCAUGGCUUAGGUUCUGUAAUGCUGCAGUUUCCAAGUCACCUGAAUGUCACAGACAAAAAAUGGCAUCAACUGGAAGUGAGAACCAACGGACAGGAUGUUCGAUUCACUUUGGAUCACUGCAGUACAGCUGUUGUUUCAGAGAUAGAAGGAGUGGGCAAAUGGCUGUCUACUGACGAUCGUACAAACUGUGAAGUCUUUGGGUCUGUUCCCCGAAGGGCCAGGUAUUUGAAUGGGAACCAUGUCCUUCAGCUGGGUGGCGUAAAAGAAUCGUUGCCAUAUUCCUACCCACAGCUGCUACACAAACACUUCUCUGGUUGUUUGCGCAAUUUCAUCUUGGAUAGCCAGGUGUAUGACCUCCAGUCUCCUGCAGAGUCCCUGAACAGCUUUCCGGGCUGCAUGCUUACUGAUGGGAGCUGUGAGGCCAUGGGCUCUUCUUCCUGUGGUAUUCACGGGAGGUGUCUUGGAGACUGGGGCUCCUUUGGUUGUCAUUGUUUGCCUGGUUACUAUGGCUAUCGAUGUGAUAAAGUUGCCAGGGAGUACACAUUUGGGCCAGGAAGUCACAUUCGCUAUCAGCUUUCCAUCAGUGUGCCUGCCCGCAGGACGCUGUUUGAAGCCAUGAUUAGGACACGGCAGCCUGACAGUGUCAUCACAAGCAUGUUGUCUCGAAAUAAGGAUGAACACAUAACCCUGCAGGUUGUUCGGGGAUUCUUAGCAGUCUCAUAUAAUCUGGGUGAUGGAGACUAUUCUGUAAGCCUUCCAUCCUACAACAUUGAUAAUGGUGAGUGGCAUCACAUCACGCUGGACAGAAAUGAAAAUGAAUUCACUCUUCGCCUUCAUGAAGGAGGCGGGAAGAGAGAAAUUCUGAAAGCAGCGGGAAUAUACAAAGAGAUUGUGAUUGACCCCAGCAGCUUGGUCCUUGGAAAUACUUACCCAUUUGAUCUCAACAAGAGCUUUCAAGGAUGUAUGAAGGAUGUCAGAUUUAAUAACUACAGGAUCCCACUGGACACUCACACAAAGGAGCUGGUGUCAGUGUUAAGUGCCCGAGGUGUCACAGAAGGCUGUUCUUCAGAGGCUUGUAGGAAUAACCCUUGUAACCAGGAAUUUAUUUGUAUUGAUUUGUGGAUGAUGCAUGAAUGCAGUUGCCCUCCGGGACACGUGAUCGUGGAGAAUGCCACUGGCAGACAGUGCGUCCUCACUGCAUGUGCAAAAAGGCCCUGUAACUAUGGUACCUGCAUCUCACAGUCACCAACCAAGUUCCAAUGCCACUGCCCUGAUGGCUAUACUGGACGUAACUGUGAAAUCACAUUGGCGAUCUUUCACAAGGAUACAGGCCUGACCUUUAGUUCCAUGUUUGCCAUCUGCAUUUGCUUUUUGGCACUGUUAGUUCUGUUCAGUGCUGUCGUCUUGUGGGCACGCUGGAAGCGUCACAAAGGUCUGGAAGGAGGAGUUCACCGUGCAGCUGCAGAUCAUGAUGAUUUGGAGGACAUCAGAGAAAAUAUCCUCAACUACAAUGAAGAAGGGGGUGGGGAACAAGACCAAGAUGCAUACAACAUGGCAGAACUGCAGGUGUCUAUUCAAACCAGCCCAGCCUAUUCCCUCUACAAGAAGAAAGUAAAAACAACAAAACUGAACAGCUUCUUUAGUGCUGCAUCUCCGAGCAUGCAGGAGCAGAGCAGAACAUCAGUGACUAUGCGAACAUCUUUUACAAGCAGAGCCUUUGGUCAUUACUUGUCAGAUGUUGUUCGAGAUGCCGACCACAGUCCCCAGGCUGUUCCCCAUGACUCACUGCAGGUGUUUCACACCGAAGGAGAAGGCUCGGUCGCUAGCGGUCUCAGUACCUUGAGCUCCUCUGAACCAGAUGAGGCUAUAGUGUAUGAUGACAUUAAAGACUGGGGACCAAAGUUUGAGAAAUUAAGUCAACUCUACUCACAUUCAGAUGCAGAAGAUCGGUAGAUACCAGCUGGACUAUUUUCAAAGUGUUUGGAAGGGAGUGUGGAGGACAGCUUUUCAUGCUCUUGCUACGUACUUUAGAUGACUAUGUACCAUUGCCCCUCCUCCUUUUAUUUUGAAUUUUUAAAACAACUUUCCCGCUAAUGGGCAACAAUUUGCACUUAAACAAAAUAUUUAACAGUAGGAGCUUAUCUUGGGACAUUCUGAAAGUUUACUUUUGGGGAUAAAAACUAAAGGAAAGAAAGUAUAAAACAGUGAGGUACUUAAAAUGAAGAAAUCCAAUGGUUUUGCUUACAGUUGCAUCAGUAGCUUGUUUGGGGAGGUCUGGCUAUUAUUUUUAUUUUAUAGGCUAGAUUAAUUUGCACAUUUUCAAAUGAUAAAUAUUCAUGCAGAACCUUGUUCUUGCACACAUUUGUGACACAGUUUCAACUAAUGGUUACACAUUUCAGAUAACGUGGCAUUUUUUCUGGAAAAGGUAAAGGCUGUUUUUACCCGUGCCUGGUAAUUCUGAUUCACAGAUGGCACAUAAGUUAUUAUUGUUUUCCUGAUAUAUCUACCUGUGAGGAAACGUUGGCUAACAUAUCUUGUAAUGGUCACAAGUCAGGUAUGUCAGAUUCUAUAGUUCAUUACCAGAGCAGUCACAAGCAGUGAAUGAAAAAUGAAGCAGAUAGAAGCUAUGCAAAAAAAAACCCUCCAAAACAACAAAAAUCCCUUCCUCAAACAGCAUUAAUUGUGUCUGCACACCUUGUGUUCUUGCCACAGCUAUGGAUAUACUGCCAUUUUGGUUGCUUUUAAUUUAAUUUAGCUUGUAAGCUCUUUGGGGCAAGCAAUGUUUUUUUAUUUGCCUGUGAAGUGUCAUGCAUAUCUAAAGCACCAUAUAAAUAAUAAAUAAGCCUUCUGACUAUGAUGUCUCUUCCUUCCAUAUGUUUAAGGUAGAGUAAAAUUUGGACUCCCAUUGAGUUAUUCCUCACUCAGCUUUGAUCAGCUCCUUCCGCAGACACAUUCAUGGACCCUGUUCUGACUGAGGAGGAGCUGAGGGAAGCAGCCGAUGCUACUAGCUGGUCUGUGGACUCAAGCUCUGGGUAUACACUCAGACAUUACAUCUGAGUUUUCCAUACAGACUGCUGCAAGCUGAUUGGGGCCACAGGCCAAUAUUAUUCUCAGAAACAAGGAGUUAUUGCAACCAAUGGUCAUUGGGUGGGAGUAAAAGCAAGCCAGACCAGAACUUUGUAGUUUUGUCACUUUGAGCCACAUGGGCAGCUGCGUUGCUCAGUCAUAGCUGGUAGAGUUGCUCAGGUUAAGACUCUCAUUUCCAUUCCCAAAGAGGUAAUUUGGAAGCCAAACUGAAAUUGCUGCUCUACUACUGCUAUCCCAAUUCCAGCUAUGGUACUGAUUUGUAAACAAACAAAUAAUAAGUAAACAAAUACUCAGUUUAUCUGCUUGGAAGUGCAGUUUGACAAAGGUUUUUACAGAAUAAAACAAAAAGGUCAGAAAAAAACCAUUUCAAAUGCUACAUGAACUUGCAUAUAUGGAAUCUCAGCACAUACUCAUUUGCAGCUGUCAUGCUCUGUUAAAGACUUGCUUUCCUUUUUUCUAUAGAUUACUAAUUAGUUCAAUUAAUUUAUGUCUUAAUUUGCAUGUUGUUCUUUUAAUUACCAUGCAGUUUUUGAAAGCACUUGUUCCACAUAUACAAGACACAAGAAUUUCAGUUCCUCUACAAAAACCCUUAUCACAGUACAGCACAAACAUCCCUCCAGAACAAGGGACAGCUGGCCUGCCAACAGGAAGCUUUGCGAUGAGUGGGGGGGAGAAAAAAAAUUAAACAUCACUAGGUCCCUAGGUAGUUGGAUUUUCAGUAAUCUGGUACUUCUAUUAAUCUUCUUCCACAUUCUUUACAGAAUUUAACAUGUACUAAGAACAUUUUAUUUAGUACAAAAUAUUUGUAAUGGUCUGAAAUUUAAAUAAUCAUGUGGAUAUUAGUAUUUAAUCUGUCUGCCUGCCAACUGCAUUAAUCUCCGUGUUUUUCCCCUUUUAACGUAACGUUCCAAGUAUGUAACAUGUAGCCAAGCCAUAUGAAAGCUGAUUGUCCUUAGGUCUGACCUACUGGCUAGCAUGCUUGGAAGAAAAACCACAGCUGCAAAAGAAGCGGGGUUAGGAGAGGAGGAGCGAGCUGAGCUUCUUACAGAAAUGACCAAGAAAUAAAAGCCAUCACCAUUUCCUGGGGUCUUGAAUUGUGUGCACCUUCCUGUUGAGCGCUGCUGAUAAAUAAAGAUGUUUUGAGAAACCUGGUUCUCUGGAACAUGGAAUCUUAUCUACACAAGCACAUGUUGUGAUUACAUUCCAUUAAUUAAAUUAAUUGUACUUAACAUUGGUGACAAAACUCUCAAAAAACUCAUUCUAGGAGUACUAUAUACACAUGAAGAUGCCUGAGAAAAGUAGAAACAGCUAAAAAAUUCUUUUCUUCCCUUAGUGCAGACUGAAAUAAAACAGAUUCCCUAACAGCAACUUUCUCAGUUCAUCCCACCAUAAAAACCAGAAUAUCUGAUUUUCAAAUUACACAAUUUAUUUAGUACACACAUCCCUUUACAACAACAUAUAAAAUAACUGUAUGUUAGAUUACACCAACAGAACUUUGAAACACAAAAUGAAAAUAUACUUACAGACCUUAAGGGCUUUUCUCCCCUAAAAACACCUUGGCUACAUGGUAACGUUUUGUCUCUAUGAUCUAAAAUAGGUCAUUUGAUGCCUACCAUUCCACCGAUAGUGCACAGAUAAUGGUCCUUCCUAACAAUAGGUAACACAGACAAGAAAUCACGAUAGUGUCAUUCAUAUAGCCACUUAUUUGUAGGAUUUUUGUGAGUGCAUUGCUUUCUUGGGUGUGCAUCGUAUUUAACACAAUGAAACGAUGCCACAGCAGCCACUUGGAAAUAAGGUGCAUCAGGAUAAUGCGGUUCGGGAACAGAUGAAGUUAUUAAAGAAGGAAAAAAAAAUGGCACAUUUAAAUGCAGUAUUUCAGACUCAAGAAGCAGAGGAAAUCAGCCAGACAAACGUACCUCCUGGAGGUCUUCAGUACUUACACUCAGCCUCCAGGAACACAAAGUGUAGCCCUUUGUACCACCUGUGCCCCAGCCCAAUGCCUUGGCCAACAGCCUCCCCAGCAUGCCUUGCUGCUGGCAAGCCUUUAAAGUCAACCAGGAGAACAGCUGCUUGCUGCUUCUGGGAGCUGUGCUGAUGAGUGUGCCUUCCCUUGGAACUGGUAGGUGCUUUUGUUCCUUGGCAUUUUCUAUGUUGCUGUUAUAAGAUUGGUCUUCUAACUGCUUUACUAUGUGGUUAUUUAGGUGUGCACUUCCAUCUUAUCUUAUGCAUUUCAGGUGCAGAAACUGUUGGAGUUAUUUAAAGGUGUCACAAACUACCUUGGCCUUAAUGGCUGCUAAAUGCAAAGUUUAAAAAAAUGCUUUGUAUUUAUUGAAUGCUUCAAAUUCAAAUUGUGUGCUAAUUUAGGGGGAUGUUUGUGUUAGGAGCAGCAGUUGUGUUACUGUGGUAGCUCUGCAUCAGGAGAGCCGUGGUUUUCAUGCCUGGCUUAAACAAAACCACUUGGUAGUUUCUACAAAAAGGUUAAACUUCUCCUUCAGCAAAAUUAGAGGCUGUGCUUUUGAAGAAAAGAAAUCUGUUUAAAAAUACUUAUUGUUAUAAUCUGGACUUGCAGCUGUUACUGACAAAUAAAUGGUGAGAAUCUCAGGGUACCACAGGAGCUUCAAAUCUCUCAUUUUGAUCAGAAGAAAGUUACUGCACCUUUAAAGAAAGAUACAACCGCAUUUUUAAAAUCAGACAGUUGAGUGUGGAUGUACUUUACCUUACAUGUGCUUGUUUUCAAUUACUGUAAGGCACUCACUGAGGAAUUCACUGACCCAUGCUUUCAGCAAGAACAGGCAUGCAUCAUUACAGGCCUAAUUAAAGUUUUAAUACUGAUUAAAAUGUUUUAUUAUUGUAUUAUGUUAAACUGCAGUGGUCUCCAACCUCAUUAAGGGAUACAGAACAGAAAUUAUUCAGGAGUUUCAGUUGCUGGGUUUAACAACCUAGCCACUGUCAAUGUUUGAUUUAAAUACAGUCUGAUUAAAGUACGCUUUCUUUUUGUGUUAGCAUGGAAGUACAGAGAGAUGUUCAACAUUGUUUAAUGAGUAUUUACUGAAUAUAAAAUUGUUUGAGCAUGUGACAGAGCUAUCUCCAUCUCUGCAGUAAUUUACCUUCGUACAACUGAAAAGGGAAAACAUUUAAAUCAUUUGGAAUUGGAACACAACUCAGUUGUGAAAGCUAAUCUCAUUACACAUCUUGAUUAAAUUAAGUGUGGAGUUUGCUAUCGGUAGCACUUUAAGUUUCCCAUCAUUAGAAAUUAAUUGCAGUGGUAAUUAUUAUAACAGAGUUAUUUGCACAGGCCACAAACACUCUUAUAGGUGUUCAAAUGUUAAUUCAACAUUGGCCUAGAGGCACUUGAUUAUUACAAUUCUGUUUUUUGUAAGAAAUAAAUGAUCCUAGUGGAUAUCUAAUUAAAGUUGGAGAGUACUGUUAGACUUCCAAUUAGACUUAAUCUCUAAUUUCAAUAUAAAACCAAAGCAGCGCUAAAACACAGUAAAAGGGACACAUCAUCUACGUAGCAUUUAAAAAGUCAAUGCAAUCCACAGAGUUCUAGCCUGGUAAAAAGACAAAGGCUACAAACAAAUAACAAAAUCUCAGGAUUGAGGACUGCCUUCAUUUCAUCUUCCAAAUGUAUUUUAAGUAGCCAUAGUCUGUCUCUUAGCCUAGAGGGCGUGGAUACAGUGAUUUUUGUGACAAAAGUAACGGCUUUGCAUCUGGAAUAAAGUAAAGCAAAGCUCUAGUACCAGAAAGUUCCUGUCA